AUGCACCUCUUCAGUACUGAAAUCAGCGACUUUCCUAAGUUCCAUGUCCGUGGGAGUGGACUUACCAAGAAAGGCGAUGUUGACGACCAAGUCUUUGUGAUACCCGAUGGCAGCGGGCGUCAGGGUGAUCGAAAUGUGCGCCUCAUCAUGCGCAGCGUUGGCAAAACAACCGCGAGGCAUAUCGACAUGGAUGGCGACAUUAUUGCUGAACACGAGUUCGACCCCGAGGACGCGAACAAAUUUACUAUUACCUAUUAUGGCAAGGGAAGGCUUUCAGGGGACGUAAAAGGGAGCGAGAAGGGUGGUGAGAAUGGGGAUGGGAAGGGGACUUACGAGGAAACCGAGAAAGGGGACGAGAAAACGGCGCAAGAGGAGGGGAAAGAGAGGAAGUACGUGAUUCGAAUCAAAAACGAGCCGGAUAAUCAGAAAAAUUGCGAAUGGACCAUGGUUGUCGAAGGGGAUUAUAAGCCCAGAACGCACGCAGCGGAAUAUUACGCACCAGAGUUGACAAAGAAAGGCGAAGAAAUCCGUGACAAAAUCUCUCACAACUUCAAGUCGCUUUUCCACCACAACAAGGAAACAACGAAAGAUAAAAAGCAAGAGCAGAAAACAACAGAGAGUGGAAGAAGGGGGAUCGAGAUAACGUUCUAUUCCUGGCUGAAUGAGAUUAGCGGGAAAAGUUGUAAGAUUGACAAGCAUGGUAAAGCCCUAUACUUGAAAUUUACGCAAGGGAAUAAUGGAGAUUCAAGCGACCUGCAUCCUUCGUUGGCAAAUGUACUUACCCUGGAUAGAGAGACGGGGUUGGAGAUCAGUCGUGUAGGACUUCUAGCUUGGAUAGGGGCGAUUUGGACCAGCAAGAUUCCGUGGACUCAGCCAGAGAACAAGAGGGGAUACAGUAUUCUAGCGCCACCCGAUUGGCCUCGGAGAACUGACUGGAUCCCCUGA